AUACGGGAGUCGGAUAAGCGCCUUUUGCUUUGGCUGCCGCCCAUGCCGAUGUGUGUCGCUAUGUGUUUUAUGUUUCGCUCCGGUGCAGGGUCAACUGCAUCAGCAGAAGCGCCUACUCCGUUUUGCGUGUGCUCCUUCGCUCCUUCGAUCGGAUCGGUUCGGUGUGGGUCGGUCGGCGUUGUUAUGGUUUCUGUUCUAUGCCUACUAUGUUUUGGUCGUCGUCGUCUUCCUCCUCGGUGGUUCCGUUCUAUCCCCGUUUCGUGGCCGGCGUGGGAAAAUGCAUAGCUACACACCGCCGAGAAGUGAGAUGAAAGUCAAAUUUAUUGAAACAGACGGACGCAGAGGCAGAGGGGUAGGGUAGAACGCCAUGCAGCCAAGCAGAUAGAUCGUGGGAACGGUUCUGGGUUGGUUGGGUUCUGACGACGAGCGACGACCGACACGGAGUGAGGUGGGGUGAAUAAAUUUUUAAUGAUAUCGAGGAUCGGUGGGAACAACAUGUGCGCGCAGAGGAAAGUGGGUUCGGAUCAAAUAGCUUCACACUCUGUGGUUGCUUUGGGAUUUCGGGAGCGCGCAUUCGCAAGUCGGAAGCGAACGGUGAUAGAUCGGGUUCGAUGAGCUGCGCGAGAAUAGAGUGAUUAUUGAUACGGAAGUGAAUCGUUGAGCUGAUUGCACCUCGCGUCGCGUGGAGGUGUUUUAUGGAAUUGGAUUAGUUGCUGCCUGUGAACUAAAGAUGGAUUUUCCGGGGAAGUCGGAUCAUCAUGGCAGUGAAGGUCGGGAUGCGGAGAGCUAUCUCAGAAGGAUUAAAGCGGAAAUAAGAAAGACCAACAAACCAAUUAUGGAGAAGAAACGACGAGCAAGGAUAAAUAAUUAUUUAAACGAUCUCAAGGCCCUGCUACUGGAUGCUAUGAAGAAAGAUCCUAUCCGUCAUUCAAAACUAGAAAAGGCGGACAUUUUGGAUCUAACCGUGAAGCACCUGCAGGAUAUGGAACGUCGUAAACUGGCCAUUGCGAUGGCCGUAGAUCCGACUGUGGUUGAUAAGUUCAAAAGUGGAUUUAACGAGUGUAUCGAAGAAAUCGACAAAUAUCUCAACACGGUGUCCGGUGUAGACUCCGGAAUCAAGCAACGCAUAUCGAAUCAUCUAAAGUCCUACUUGAAGUAUCAACGGUUUCCACAGUCUGGCGCAAUGGGCUCUUUUGGAGGUCUCUUUGGUCGAUCUUCGGACGAAAUCAACAACAACGGACGACUGGCAAUGGACGCUAUGCCACUGAUCCCUUCAUUACUUCCAAGUGGAGAACUGGCCUUCAUCAUGCCUCACAACAGCACCAAUACCUUGCCCAUAUUCCCCAGACUUCCUCCACUUAACGCAAGCCACUUCAAGCCGAUCCUCCAAGAGAAGCAGCCAUUUGCUCCGAGCCCUCCGUUGAGCCCAGUUUCAGAUCAAGAUAGCACCAAAGGAGACCCCAAGACAACCACUCCUCUAACGAAACUGAGACCCGGACUAGCCGAACAUUUGAUGGCAGCCUUCCCUACGCCCCCAACGCCUGAAGAUUCCACACGAGUAUCGGCUUUCAAGCCCAAUCAUAAACUGAUCGACCGCAUACGACUUCGGUGUGAACCGAUCGAAAGAGAAGAGCAAUCGGACACCAAGCGGAGGAAAGUGGACAGGGAAGUGGAGUUUAGUGAGGACGAUAGCGAUGAAGAGGAUGAUGCUGGUGCGGAUGCAGAUGGAAAGGAUACCGCAGGUGGAGAUAUGUGGAGGCCUUGGUGAGAGGGGGUGUUCGAGUGGAGAUGAAUUUGUGAUACCAAGAAAACAAAACUUCUAUAUCAUGAAUGAAACUUACGAGCUUUAAUACGUGGAUAAUAUUUUGAUAGAAAAUAGUGGCAGCUUUAGUAUAUAAAUAGUUUGCUAUAGAAUAUGUGUACGAAGUUUACAUAAAUAAACAAGAUUUUUAUUUUUAUGUUUCGUUUUGGUGAACUUAGUUUGAAAGAUGUUUGUUUUUUUUUUCGUUUAGUGAUUUAGAAGCUUUGAACUAAAAGUGUUAAUAGACUAAGACAAAUAGGCAAUAUUACGAAUACUUACAUCCCAGUUUAUUUGCAAAAAUGUUCAUUUCAUGUAAAUUGAGAAUUAUUUUCCAGGGUUUCAACUGUGAUGCUUGUAGAUCUUGUAUAUUUGCUUCUUUGCACUGUAUAGAAACAAUUCAUACGAAAAAUCAUAUUUACAUGUCUUUGUACGCGAUUUUAUCUCGCACAAUUUUCUCGUAUUUACGCAACUUAUUUCGAGUGAUUUUAGCCACCGCCAAAAUUCAUAUUUUUCGCGCGAUUUCUCCAAGUAACGUAGCUUUUAUUUACGCGAAUUUGAUCCCGCAUAGACGAAUGAAUCACAGAAAAGUCUAUCCUGAAAAUUAAUCUCGCAUACUAUUCUGCGUCCUUGGUUAUGUACAGGGGGUGGCCAAAAUGUUUGGGAUAGGCAACUUUUUUUUCUCUCAUAAAAAAGUUCAAAAUGCUGUAACUUUUCAUAGAGUGCAUCAAAAAUUCUCAAAUUUUGACUGUUUGUCAACCUAUUAUAUGUGCAUCAUUGGUACAAAUUUGGGCUCGAUUGGUUAAUCUUUCGCGAAGCUAGAAUCGUUCUCGUAAAACACUAUUUUUUAGACAACUAAUUUUUGAGCUGUCAUAUCUCGGACACCAGUGAACCGAAUUGAAUGAAAUUUUGAACGUUUAUCAUCAAUAUAUUAAUGCUUGAAAAUUCUUGUAGGUACUUUUCAAACGUUGAAGAAAGUUAUGAUGGGUCGAUACUUUUAGGAUCUUUCUCGAAAAAAUGUAUUUUUUUCACAUCUCUGUCAUUAAUUUUUAUUUUUUAUUUCCAAAGAUUUUCUGCUUCUGUUCUUAAGAUAUCUAUAA